UAGCGUUGUCAAAGUUGUCAAAGGAACUGCAAACUCAGAAUUUCCCACGUGCGUCUUGUUAGUCAAACGAAUUUCAUUAAAAUAAUACGUUGCUUUGAAUCUGCCAUGAGCGACCUCGAUUGGGACGAUCCGAACUAUGUUGAAGGGCCCGUAAAGCCCCGAGAUUCUGCCCAGAUGAAUAAAAAGUAUGAAAGAAGCGUGCGGCGUGAUGCUGAGCCGCGUAGCUAUCAAGAUGGAGGCAGAACAUAUGGGAAGAGCCACCGUGGUGAUUACGGCGGAAGUGGAGCACGUCGUAGCAACUUCGAGUUAAAUGACUUCAGUGAGACGCUCUCUAUUGCCCCUGAAAUGAUUGGAAAGGUUAUCGGACGGGCCGGCGAAAACAUCAAACGGAUUCAGAAUGAUUUCAAUGUCCGUGUCAAGGUGGACACGGAUGACCCAGCGGUUAAAAUCAACGGAAGGCUCCAAAGCAAUGUAAGCGAUGCAAUGAAUUUUGUACGAAAACAAGUCUCCGAUUCCGGAAGGGGUCGUGAUCGUGAUGAUGGCGGUCGUCGCGAUGGCGGAUCUAGAAAGCCUUUCGGUGGAAAUAAUUAUGAUUUUGCACCUCCGCCCAAGGUGGACACACCCCAACCUGGUGAUCUUACGGGCCUUAUUGACUGGGAUGCUCUAAACAAAGCUUCGGAAAAAGCUGCUGCAGCUCGUUGGGCAAAGUAUCCUCCUCUUACUAAGGACUUUUACGAGGAAUCACCCGAAGUGGCUAAUUUAAGCGCAUCCAAGGCAGAAAAAAUACGGAAGCAGAACAACGGGACUACGGUGUCGCAUGUUUUUGGGGCAAAAGAUGGGGAAACUUUGGCUCCUAUACCCAAUCCAGUUUGGAAGUUUGAGCAAUGCUUCGCAAAGUACCCGGACCUGCUGGACAAGAUCAUGAAACAGGGAUUCUCCAAACCAUCGCCCAUUCAGGCUCAAGCAUGGCCCAUUCUCCUAAAAGGUCACGAUAUGAUUGGGAUUGCCCAAACAGGAACUGGCAAGACUUUGGCAUUCCUGCUACCCGGGAUGAUACACACUGAGUAUCAAAGUAUUCCAAGGGAACAGAGGGGUGGCCCCAACGUCCUUAUCCUGGCCCCUACUCGAGAGCUGGCUCUACAGAUCGAAAUGGAGGUCAAGAAAUACCCGUUCCGUGGCAUGACAUCAGUGUGUAUUUACGGCGGAGGCGAUCGCCGCAAGCAAAUCUCGGUCGUGGAACGCGGAGCUGAGAUCAUCAUCUGCACUCCGGGACGGCUGAAUGACCUGGUUCAGGCGAAAGUGAUCGAUUUAAGCAGCAUCACGUACUUGGUGCUGGACGAAGCCGAUCGUAUGCUGGAUAUGGGCUUCGAGCCGCAGAUCCGUCAGGUACUGCUGGACAUCCGGCCGGAUCGGCAGACAAUCAUGACCUCGGCAACAUGGCCACCUGGUGUGCGUCGGCUUUCCCAGAGCUACAUGAAGAAUCCUAUCCAGCUGUGUGUCGGUUCAUUGGACUUGGCGGCCACCCAUUCGGUGAAGCAAAUGAUUGAACUGCUCGAGGACGAUGACGAAAAACUAAAAGCAAUCAAGUCCUUUGUGAAGAAUAUGAGUAAAACGGAUAAAAUAAUCGUUUUCUGCGGGCGGAAGGCUCGCGCCGACGACUUGUCCAGUGAUCUGACAUUGGAUGGCUUUUACACUCAGUGCAUUCAUGGAAACCGGGACCAAAGCGAUCGUGAGCAAGCCAUUGCCGACAUUAAGUCCGGUGUUGUCCGCAUUCUCGUUGCCACCGAUGUGGCUUCGCGAGGCUUGGACAUUGAGGACAUCUCGCACGUUAUUAACUAUGACUUUCCGCGUAAUAUUGAGGAGUAUGUGCAUCGUGUGGGCCGAACUGGACGCGCCGGACGCAAAGGUACCUCCAUUAGCUUUAUUACCCGCGAAGACUGGGGUAUGGCCAAGGAGCUCAUCAACAUCCUGAAGGAGGCAGAGCAAGAGGUUCCUGAAGAACUUUACAAUAUGGCCAAGCGCUUCCAGGCAAUGAAGAACCGACGAGGUGACGGAGACGGAGGUUGUUCUGCCGGAGGUCGCUUUGGAGGAAAUAUGAGAGGCGGACGCGACUUUGACCGUUUCCAGUACUAAAUACCAAAUACGCUCAGGUUAAGAAAAUGCUUUGAAAACUAUUGGAAA